AUGCGAGAUCUGGCUUGGCCAGGUGCAAGCUGGGAACAGAGCAGCGGAUGGAGCGAGGAGGCGCCGCUCCUGUGCUCUGGAGAGUCCCUGGAGCUGGUCUGUUCUACGGAAUCCAGUGGGGCCAGGCAGGGCAUGCCCAGCAGCCCCCGGCCGGCCCGGCAGCAUGUGCCCACCUCUCUGCGCCGCUCAGAGAGUUCAGCUCCUGCUCUGGCUUUUCUGUGGCAAGCCUUUCCCCCUCCACUGAGGCUGCCGGUGUACCAUACCCUUCAGAUGUUUGUCCAGCACGAUGCUGCUCAGCUCUACCUCACGUUCUGGAACCUUCUUAAGGAUCAAAUAGAUGAUGUGGACUUGGUAGAGAGGCUGCAGGCCCUGUACACGAUCCGGGUGAAGGAGUCCCUGGUUUGCCUCCUCUGUACCAGAGAGAGCAGUAGGAACAGCAGUAUGCUGACCCUCUCCCUCCCUCUCUAUGAUGUGGACGCAAAGCCUCUGCAAACACUGGAGGAGGCCCUGCGCUGUUUUUUCCACCCCAGGGAGUUAGCCAGCAAGAGCAAGUGGUUCUGCGAGGCCUGCGGGACGAAGACGUUUGGAAGCCAGGUCUUGAGGAUGACGCAUCUGCCCCAAACCCUGACCCUUCACCUGAUGCGAUUCUCCAUUCGGAACUCACAGACGGAGAAAGUCUGCCACUUGCUGCACUUCCCUCAGCGCUUGGAUCUCAGUCAGGUUCUUCUGGCUGAGCAUCAAGACUUCACUGAGGACGCAGAGCAGCGUGAAGCACAGUAUGAACUCUUCGCUGUGAUAGCCCACGUAGGGAUGGCAGACUUCGGUCAUUACUGUGCCUACAUUCGGAAUCCAGCGGAUGGAAGAUGGCUCUGCUUCAAUGACUCCAAUGUUUGUUGGGUGUCCUGGGAAGACGUCCAGUGUACCUAUGGAAAUCAUCACUACCGCUGGCAGGAAACUGCAUAUCUUCUGGUUUACAUGAAGAUUAGAGGUUAAUGGAUAUACUCUAAACCUUCAGAGACUGACAAAUUCAUUUCUUUUCCUGUCAUUGGAUCUGCUGAGUCUUCUAGGAGAUUCUACAAUGAGGAAAAACAUAAAAACUGUAAUAAUUUAAGUCUUAAGUUAUAACCAUGAAUGGGUACUGGUGUGGUUUGGAUGUGGUUUGUCUCCAAAGGUCCUGUGACAGAGGCCUGGUCCCUUGUCUAGCAAUGUUGUGGGGCAGAAUCUUUUGAGAGCUGAGGCUUGUGCAGGGCAUCUGUGGCUCAUGCUUGAAAUUCUAGCUACUCAGGAGGCUUUGAGAGUUCAAAUCCAGAUAGGGCAGAAAAAGCCUUGAGACUUACCUUCCAUUGACAACUGAAACAAAAGCUGGAAGUAUAGCCAUUGCUCAAGUGCUAAUGUGCCGGCUCGAGUGAAAAAGCUCAAGGAUGGACUGCACCUAAGCCCCGCGUUCAAGGCCCAGUAGUGCCCAUGAACUAUUUCAGCUAGGCCCCCGUCUCCCUACGUUUCCAGAGCCCUUGAAAAUGUCCCACACCUGGAGAGUAAGCAUUCAACACAGGAGCCUGUGUAGGAAAUUCUUAUCCAAACCAUAACUCUUGUGAAUGAGGCACAAUAAGUAAAUAAAGUUAUUUCUU